UCUUUUAUGACGCUUUAGCUUUUCAUCCAUUAUAUAUCUGUAGGCCGUCUCGGCUUUCCCGUUUCUGAGCGUAAAGGUUUUAAACACUCCAUUCUCGGUUCAUGACUCAGCCGUUUGAUGUUGCAAUAAGAAUGUAAUCUUGGCCUCUCACUCACUUCCAGAGAAAUCAGGCAGCGACGCGAAACCCCCGCAUACAUAAUUCAUGAGCUCCAGUCUGCCAUAGCACGUGUUUUCUCACCUCAGUCAUUUUUUUUGUCGUGUCUGAGGUGUUCCUGUUUAAGUCUGGUAGUAUGUGCUGCUGUGCUUCACAUGCUGUAAGUGUUGAACUGUGAAGUCUUGUUGACUUAUAAGGGAAGGGUUGAAAGGCAGCGCGCCAGGACCAGAGACGGAGUGAGCAAGGCACACCAGACGCUCUGAAAGUGCACAGCUACAGAGAGAAGCAGCAGCUGCAACCACAGCAAGCUUUCCUGAACAUACUCUGAUCUGCGUAGGAGCUUUGCUCUGCAAGACCUCCCUCUACCAGCUUCAUAACAGCCCUUAUAAGUCUAAAGACCAGUGAUGGAGACUCCGGCUCAGAAGCGCAGCAGCCGUGGUGGAGCGACCACCGUGCUCUCGCCCGCCCGCAUCACCCGGCUGCAGGAGAAGGAGGACCUGUGCAAUCUGAAUGACCGCCUGGCCGUCUACAUUGACAAGGUGCGCUCUCUGGAGGUAGAAAACGCUGGGCUGAGGUUGCGCAUCACCGAGUCGGAGACAGAAAUCAGCCGAGAGCUGGGCGGAAUGAAGGCGGCAUAUGAGACCGAGCUGGCUGACGCCCGCAAGACCCUGGACUCUGUGGCCAAAGAGAGAGCCCGGCUGCAGCUGGAGCUCAGCAAAGUGCGUGAGGACUACAAGGAGCUCAAGGCCCGGAACACUAAGAAAGAAGCUGAUCUGGAGUCAGCUCUGGCCAGGCUGAAGGAUCUAGAGGCUCUCCUGAACUCCAAGGAUGCUUCUCUGUCCACAGCACUGGGGGAAAAGAGGUCUCUGGAGACUGAAGUUAGGGACCUGAAGGCCCAGUUGGCUAAACUGGAAGCCAGUAUGAGUGACGCUAAGAAGCAGCUUCAGGAUGAGAUGCUGAGGAGGGUGGAUGCAGAGAACCGCAUCCAGACUCUGAAGGAGGAGCUGGAGUUCCAGAAGAACAUAUACUCUGAGGAGCUGCGGGAGUCCAAGCGCAGACACGAGUCGCGCAUGGUGGAGAUUGACAGCGGCCGGCAGCAGGAGUUUGAGAGCAAGCUGGCAGAGGCACUGUCCGAGCUCCGCGGGCAGCAUGAGGAGCAGCUCCGCAUCUACAAGGACGAGAUCGAGAAGACCUACAAUGCCAAGCUGGAGAAUGCACGUCAGUCUGCGGAUCGGAACAGUCACCUGGUGGGAGAAGCCCAUGAGGAGCGGCAGCAGAUGCGUGUGAGAGUGGAGAGCAUGUCCUCUCAGAUUUCUCAGCUCCAGAAACAGCUGGCUGCUCGAGAGGCUAAAGUGCGUGAGCUGGAGGAGGCUCUGUCCCGAGAGAGGGAUAUUAUGCGUCGGCGCCUGGAGGAGAAAGACAGAGAGAUGUCGGAAAUGCGUCAGCGUAUGCAAGAGCAGCUGGAUGAGUACCAAGAGUUGCUGGACAUCAAGCUGGCUUUGGACAUGGAGAUCAGCGCCUACAGGAAACUGCUGGAGGGAGAGGAAGAGAGGCUUCGUCUCUCCCCGAGUCCUCCUCCUACCCGGGUCGUAUCGGUCACUCGCUCCUCAGGCUCUGGCACACAUGCUCAGACUCGCCUAGCUCAAAGCAGCACCAGCCGCAACUCCUCUGGUAGCGCGAAGAAACGCCGCCUCAAUGAUACGGACAGCGAUGCAUCAAGUGUGGCAGGAGGGACGGUCACUCGUACCCGCAUAACCCAGCAAGCCUCAGCCAGCGGCCGCAUCACUGUGGAUGAGGUGGAUCUGGAGGGCAAAUACAUUCGCCUCAGCAAUAAAGCUGACCAGGACCAGACUCUGGGUCACUGGCAGGUGAAGAGGCAGGUGGGCACCAGUACCCCCAUUGUCUACAAGUUCCCACCCAAGUUCACGCUUAAAGCUGGACAGUCAGUAACGAUCUGGGCUGCUGGAGCUGGUGGGACUCAUAACCCUCCUUCUGAUCUGGUGUGGAAGACUCAGAGCUCCUGGGGAACUGGAGAUCUGUUCCAGACCACUCUGAUUAGUGCCAAUGGAGAGGAGAUGGCAAUGAGGAAAGUCACUCGCACAUUAUUCCAGGAAGAAGAUGAUGAAGAAAUGGCAGCUCACAGUACAUGUGGGGACAGUGAGUAUAACCUGCGCAGCCGCACAGUGAUCUGUGGCUCCUGUGGUCAGCCAUCAGACAGGAACGCAGGCAGCUGUGUGUCUGCGAGCUCUGGAGUGUCCAGUGCUUCUCGCUCUUUCAGCAGCGGAGGAGGAGGACUGCCUGAGGGAUUGGUCUCCCACUCCCACUUCAUCAUGGGUAGUGACAAACCCAGACAGGGAGGUCCUAAACCAGAGAACUGCUCCAUCAUGUAGAUCCAGGAGCAGCCAUGACGUCUACCCAUUACAGAAAGCACUAUGUGAAAACUGGGAGACACUUUUUUUUUUUUUUUUUUUUUUUUUUUUUUUUUUUUUUUUCUAACAUAUAGCCAUGGAGAUUUAUUUUUUUUCAUACUUUAUACUUAAAUCAGUCUUAUUUUGUAUGUAAUAAUCUGCAGAAUAGAUUAAUAGCUUUUGUAUGGCUGAGGGCAUGAAGGCAGCUUGGGUAUUAUAUAGGGUUUGUAUAUAUACAGUAGUCUAGGUUAGUCUUGCAUGUGGGCUUGGCAGCUGCUUUUCAAUAGCCAUGUUCAAGAAGAGGGAUUAGCAGAGCACUUGAAACCUAUCCAAAGACGAAGAUCUGCCAUCUAUCAAAUGCUGUCACAACUCAACACGCACAUCAUGGUUUCCCUGUCAGCAGGUUUACUCAAAUAGAAUCAGGAGUGUACUUGAACGUACUGUAAAGCCAUCUUUUGCCACUUUUACCAAACAUUUGUCAUCAUUCACUUCAGAGGACAAAUUUGCAACACUAAUUAUGAACAUGUACAUUCUGAAAUCAUGCAGUGCAGUUAAUACAGUCUUAAAGUAAGACUUUUGACUGCAUUCUUCUGUUUAAAAAGCCUUUAUAGUGCCUUUAAGAAUGUAAUGUGCAGCUUUAAAUGUACUGUUGAAAUGGUACUCCUAAGAUAGUGUUCUCAUACUGAAGAAAUAAUGGGGAAUAUAAAAAAUACAGAAGAAGAAAAAAGAGACAAGUAUGGAAGUAAUUGCUUUUGGAAGUUUUCAGACCAGAGGGACAAAGUGUGGUUUAUGUGGGCUUUGGCCAUAGGUCCUCAAGGACUAUUUUUUUGUUUAUCAAUAUUUGGUAGUUGUAGAAAAUAUUUUGAGUACCUCUUGUGAGCAUUCAGGUGCACUCAAAUAGCUUGUAUAGUCUCCAUAGAGAAGAAUAGAACAGGAUGCUGUGUGAAGCAGCUGCACAUGAGCCUAAGAUUGUAUUAAAUGCCAAGUGUAGGGUAGAGGGGUGUCAAGCCCUUUGGCAUUGAACUGCGAUGAUGUGAUGACUGAGUGAUGGAGCACCAUACAAUACCUUUGGCAUGAGUUGGAGUGGCAUAUGUGAUCCAGAAUAAUCUAAUAUCAAUACUUGAUUUCACUAGUGCUCCUGCUCCUCACUGUAGUCAAGUCCUCAUAGCAAUGUUCCAACAUUUAGUGGAAAGCUUUCCUCAAAGAGUAUACAUAGUUAUUGCAGCAGAGGGGGACAAACCUUUUUCAUACACUUGAUUUUGGAAGGAACAUUGGAUAAGCAAGUGUCCAGACAUUUGGCCAUAUUAUGUGUGUAUGAUCAUGAUUUUCCCAAGUAUAAAUGACCUCCUUUACAGAGAACACAUUUCUGCACAUUUAAUACACAAUUACUGUGCAUUUACUGAAUGUUAACAUGUUCCUGAUGUUAUAUGCAGCAAAUAGAUUGUGUGUGUGUGUGUGCGUGUAAGUGAAACUUCAUUGGGAGGUGUUAGUUGGACCUGUGUGGUAGAUUGAAUGAUGGAGUUGUAUGCUCUUCCAUGGACAGUUGAAAGUGCUGAUAUGUUAGUUUUCUCGCACCACAUUCUUGCUAUGACUUCUGGGGUGUCCUCCACCUCUACAUGAGAUUGGACACUCCUUGCUUGGCUGAAACAUUUCGCCCAUUUUAUUAUUCUGCAAUGGUAGUGGUAAGAUAUGUAUUUUGGUCAUGUAGAGCAAUGCAAUCUAUUUUCAGCUUUUUUUGCCAUUUGAGUAAAAGUAAAUCGGCACCACUGAUACCACUUUUGAAAUGGAAAUACAUUUGAUAGAUUGAUGAGAAUUGAUUGUCUAGCAGACAUUCAUAUGAAUACUUUUUGUUUUGUAAGAUCCAAAGACAUUUUUUUUGUACAUCUGAGUGAAGGGGGAUCAUGCUUGCAUUUAGGAAUAUAUAUAUAUAUAUAUAUAUAUUUUUAAUCUCCUCAGGAUCUUAAAAGUCUGUUGUUCAUGUAACGGUAAUAGUUUUUUUUUUUUUGCUUUUUUGUAGUUCAAGUUUGCAUUGCAUUGCUUUAUAAAGCACUUUUUAAAAAAAAAAA